AUGGGUACAAGAGAGAGAUAUAAGAGAGGUGGAAGUUUUGUGCCUCGACAGGAGCGAAACGGAUUCAUGAAUGCGAGAAUUUUGAGUCAUCAACAGCAAAAUUCGAGUGAUUCACACUUCGAAAUGGAAAUCAAGAAUAAAUUGGACAAAUUUCAAAAGUCAAAUGAUGAGUUGAGUUUGUCAUUGCCACCAAUGAAUCGAGAAGAACGAAAGAGGGUUCAUGAAGUUGCGCGGAAAAUGAGAUUAAAUACAAAAAGUGCGGGAGAUGAGCCGUAUAGAUAUAUAGUUAUAUCGAAAAGAGGUUUGAAAACGUUGACUCGAGCAUCUUCACUUGCGACAGAUCCGAUUACUUUGUCUGAGAAAUCGAAACAUGCGGUUGCAGCAUUUACAAGUAAAUUUACAAUCAAAGAGGAGGAUGUGGAAGAUUUUUUGAUUGAAAAAACAAAUUCGGAUCUAAAUCGGAAUCGUGGAAAUAACAAAAUUCGCGCAAUGGUUCCACCAAGAGUAAGAAUUCAAAAUAAUGAUAUUAUGCGAAGAAGGUUUGUCUGGAUUUUUUUGUAGUGAGGCUACAAAUAUAUCUUUAUAAAUAUUUUCAGACGAGAACUUCCAUCCUACAAAUACCAACAACUUGUGAUCGAAGCAAUUCGUCAUAAUAACGUGGUAAUUGUGAGUGGUGGAACCGGAUGUGGAAAAACCACACAAAUUCCACAGUUUAUACUGGAAGAAGCUGCGGAGAGAAAUGAAAAGGUUCAGAUUAUGUGUACACAGCCGAGAAGAUUGGCAGCUAUUUCGAUUGCUGAACGAGUUUGUAAAGAGAGAAAUGAGAAGUUGGGUGAUGCUGUUGGAUAUCAUAUUCGAUUAGAGCAAAAGUUAGUGGAUUUUGUGCAACAAAUAUGAUUUCUAGAAGUUUUCGAGCACGAUCGCGUUGUUUAAAAUUACAAAACUCAACUCCUAACAUGAGUUAUGACGUGGCAAAACUCGACACUUUAGGAGCUAAUAACUAGCUUCAAAAAUGAUGUAAAUCUGAUAGAAUAGCGUUGUUCAGAAGGAUCGAUAACAUAAGUAAACUUCAUGUUUUCAAUCAAUUUUGGAAAACUGAUUUUGUUCUGUGAAAAAAUUCAGGCUUUUAACUUUUUUGAAAAAUCCUGACAUUUUUCACAGAUCAAAAUUAAUUUUUCAAAAUUGACUGAAAACAUGAAGUCUAAUUAUGUUAUCGAUCCUUCUGAACAACGCUAUGCUAUCAGAUUUGCAUCAUUUUUGAAGCUAGUUAUUAGCUCCGAAAGUGUCGAACUUUGCCACGUCAUAACUCAUAUAAGGAGUUGAGUUCUGUAAUUUUAGACAAGGGGAUCGUGAUUAGCGGGUCGAAAACUACUGGAAAAUAUAUUUUAUUGAAAAUCUAGAGUGAAAAUUCAAACAUUUUCCUUGUGAACUCCCAAACCUCUUCAUUUUUGAGUCCACGACCUUUAAUUUUUCAUUCAGAACAUCGGAAAACACAAUGUUAACAUAUUGCACAAGCGGUGUUUUGCUCCGAAAACUCUCCGUCGAUCCAUUGGCACUUGGAAUAACUCAUAUAAUUUUGGACGAGAUUCACGAAAGAGAAACGAAUACCGAUUAUCUUUUGAUUGCUUUGAAACAAGCGUUGAGAACACGACAAGAUCUGAAAAUCAUUUUGAUGUCAGCCACAAUUGAAGGCAAUAUGAAUUUAUUCGAGUCAUAUUUUCAAGAGAGAAAUGUGCAUAUUUUGAGAAGUAAGUAUAGAAAACUUAAAUCUUAACUAAGCUAAAAUCUUUCAGUUGAGUCCAAAUUAUUCGAUGUUCAAAAAAUCUACCUUGAUGAUAUUCUGGCAAUGAUUGGCUACGAGCCACCGGAAUCAUUUGGCUUCUUUCCAAUUGGUAACAAUGAGAAUGCGGGUGAUUCAUUCCCCUCAAUGGGUGUUUGGAAUGCUGCGAAUAGUGAGCCAUUCUCAAUGACGCACGCGAAUACAAUGCCGAAUUUGAAAGAAGUUUGGACGGAGCCGAAUUAUUCGCAACCUCCGAUCUUUUCACAUCCAUCUUCAUCACAAGAAUGUAUUACGAAUGCGAAUGGUGAAUGGCUUGGUGGCUCGUAUCGAACUAUAGAAGGUGAUGUGAUCACAGAAAGUGCGAUGAAAGAAUAUAUGACAGCGAUGGGUGGAACACAUAUUCUACCAACGGUUUAUUCGCAACCACCUCCACCAAUUCCAACAAAUUUGUCACAACCUCCUCCACCACCAGUUCAUUUUGGACAACCGCCAAAUUUCAAUACGAAUUCGAAUUCGAAUGGACUUGGUUGUUUUAACAUUCCGGAAAACACAUUUGGUGCAAGUAUGCGAAAAGAGCAAGCGAUUGAGCAACAAUAUCGACAUGAUUUGAAGAAUGCGCUACCCAAUCGAUUGGCGUAUUUUUUGCCGGAAGCUAUGCAACAAGUUAGACAUAUUGAUACGAGAGCGAUGAAUUUGGAAGCGGUUGGUUUUGGGGGGUCUUUAGACGCGGGUCCUAGACAAUUUAGUUCUAUAGGCGCGGGUCCUACACAAUUAGAUGUGUAAGGCGCUGCUACUUGAGAGCUAGGAUUUCUAGACGCUGCUCUCCUCGCCAGAGGGGAUCUCUAGGCGUGGCUACUUGGAACAUGAGAUCUCUAGGCGCGGCUUCAUGUCAUAGUGGAUCUCUAGGCGCGGCUCCUUGCCAGAGUGGAUCUCUAGGCGCGCCUGCUUGACAAAUAUGAUUUCUAGACACGUCUACUUGGUAAAGAAGAUCGCAAGGCGCGGUUCCUUGCUAGAGGUUUUCCUAGACGUGGCUACUUGCCAUUGGAUAUUUCAUUUUUUGAAAUACACCAUUUUCGAAGCCCUUCCCAACUCACCUGAUUCCUCUAAAAUGCCGUGCAUUUCCGAAUAAUUUUUUUCCACUUCAAAAUAUUUGGUUUCAAGAAAUGAAUCUUUGAAAAUUCUAAACUUCACGUGAAAAAAACUCGCCAAAAGUUCACGUUUUUCGAAUUAGUUUCAUUUCUAAUUUAUUCAUUUGUCAUAAAUCGUGACUCUGAUUUUUGCACAGUAAGUUAGGGUGAAAAGGGAGUUUUCAGCGAAAAUUGCCGAUUUUUGUGUGCCAAAAUGACAUUUUCUGCUCAAAAUCACCCGAAUUUUCCAGAAAUACCUGGCUUGCGGCGGCAAUCAAUACAUCGAAAGUGUCGAUUGGGAUCUCGUCAACGAGACCAUCAAAUACAUCGCCGACAGUCCGAUUUUCGGCUCCAUCCUCGUCUUUCUCCCCGGCUACGAGGAUAUUCUUCAGGUUCGCGAGAAAAUCGACGAAUGGAAGCACGGCCUGAACAACUACAGUCUAGUGAAUGUGAUCUGUUUGCACUCGCAAAUGAAUUCGGCCGAUCAGAGUGAGGUGUUCAAAACUGUGCCGAGGAAUGUUCGAAAAAUUGUGAGUUUUUCUUCAAAAUAAAUUCAAAAAGUUCAAAAAAUUGUAGAUUUUGUCAACAAACAUUGCCGAAGCUUCAGUUACAAUUGAAGAUGUGAUUUUUGUGAUUGAUACUGGAAAAGUUAAGGAGAAAGUUUAUAGUCAUGACACAAAGAUUAGUCAAUUGAAAGUUGCGACAAUUGCAAAAAGUAAUGCGGAUCAAAGAAGUGGAAGAGCUGGAAGAGUUACCAAUGGAUAUUGCUUCAGAUUGUAUAGUGAGAAAGCGUAUUUUGAUAUGCCACAAACACAACUUGCUGAAAUGCAGAGAUCUGCUAUUUAUGUGAGUUUUCAGUUAUUAAAAUUGUAAUUUUUUUUUCAAAAUGAAACUUCAGAACAUCUCUCCAGUUUUCUAGGAAGCUUCUAAAUCUUUGCUUGAAAAUUAUCAAGCUCUAAAGCGAAACUAUAGUCUAGUUUAUCUAGGAAUAUUUCAAAUUGUUUCAGAAUUUGAAUUUUGAGUUCCUAGAAUUUUAGGCUUCGGAGAUUUUUCUCAAAAUCUAGUCAGAGUUCUAGAAAGUUCUUGGAAUUAUCAAUUAUCAUACAUCUUUUUCUAAACCUUCUUAGCUCCAUAGCGAAACUAUAGUCUAGUUUUGCUAGGAAUCUUUCAAAUUGUUUUAGAAUCGGAAAUUUUUAGAUCCCAGGUUUUUAGAAUUCUGGGCUGAAAAUAUUUUGAAAUUUUUGAAUUUCAAUAUCAAUUUGAAAUUUUUGAAAUCCUAAGCUACGAUUUUUUGAUUUUUUAACUAAAAUUCGAAUUUUCAACUGUUUUCAAGCUGAAAAUUUUGAUUUCAAAAAUUACUCCCAUAUUUCAGGCUGCUAAAAAAAUUAUCUGAAAAUCUUUUGAAAUUUUUAGAAUUCCAAUAUUAAUUUCUUAUCAAAUUUACAAAUUUUGGAUAAUUUUUUUAUUUUGAAAAAUCCUGAUAAAAAAUAGUUCUCAAAAUGCAGAAUUCCACGAAAAACAUGAAGUUCAGCUGAAUUUUUUCGUAUCAAAAUCCAAAAUUUUUCAGGAUGUUUGCCUUCACGCCAAAUUAUUCGCUCCAAAAGGAAUGCGAGUCGCCGAAUUCCUCGGAAUGGCUCCCGAACCACCAAAACGAGACGCCAUCGAAAAAAGUAUGGAAUUCUUGGAACAAUUGGGCGCAUUAUAUUCGCAUUCAAAAACAGCCGAAGAUAUGCCAGCCGGUGAUUAUGAUGAAGAUGAAGAUCCCGAACUAACUGAUUUCGGUCGAAUCAUGGCUCAAAUGCCGCUUGAUCCACAAUUAUCCAGAUUGCUCAUAUUUGGCCUCGCACUCAAAUGCCUUUCACCAAUUGUGAAUUUGGUUGCACUUUUAUCAUAUCGUGAUCCAUAUUUGAUACCAAAUCAAUCUGAUCGUGAAGCACUGAACAAAACACGCGAUCGUCUUGCUGCUCGCGAUUUUUCCGAUCAUUUGGUGUUUAUUCGAUUGGUUGAUGAAUUCUCGAAACUCAAUUUCAAAGACAGUGCAAGAUAUUGUCGAGAGAAUUAUUUGAAUGCGAAUACAAUGCGAAUGAUUGUCGGUGUUCGCAGGCAAUUAUUCUUCGAAUUGGUUCGCGCCAAAUUGAUUGAUUCGGAGAGCGAAGCAUUGACAAAUGUUGAAUAUAAUAUGUAUUCGUCGAAUUGGCCGAUGAUUCAGGCGGCGAUCUCAGCUGGUUGUUAUCCGUAUAUUGGUGUUAGUGUGGGCAAUUCGAAUAAGUUGAGGAAAAUUCAGACACAGUAGGUUUUUUUUUUUUUGGGGCGGGGGUUGAGAUUUUUUAAAAUUAGGACUGGGAUUUUCUGAAUCUUGUAUUAAAUUAUUACUUCAGAAAUUCUCGAAAAAAUUUUUUGCACAAAAUUUUAGGAGCUUUCAGAGCUCAAAAUUUAAAAAAAUUGGGACUAAAUUUUGCCACGUCAUAACUAUAUAAUUUCGAGAUUGGAAAAGAUCUGUUGAAAUUUUAAAAAUUGGGGAUUCAUGAGAUUUUUUAAAAUUAUAAAAGUACUAUAAUUUUAAAAAAAUUUAAAAUUAUAAAAAAAUUAUGAAAGUACAAAUUAUUUUAAGCUUGGAAAAUGGUGGAAUUUUAAAAUUAAUUUUCUGAACUUUUUACCCAUAAUCAGGAAUUUUUGCAGAACUUUAAAAUUCGAAAAUUUUGAAGAUUUUCUACACUUUUUAAUGAAAUCUCAAUAUUUCUAAAUUUUAUCUGCUUUUUCUCAAAAUUUUCAUAUUCUGCCACGUCAUAACUACAUUUUCAAAUGUAAAAAAAAACAGGAUUGAAAUUUUUUUAUUAAAAUUGACUUGAAAACUUUUGAAUUUUAAAAAUUAGGACUGAGAGCUUUCAGAAAUUUUAUAUUUUCGAGAAAAAUCUGUCUGCUAAAAUUCAAAAAUUCCAAGAAUUGUAAAACUCAGAUAUCUUAAACUUUUGCCACGUCAUAACUCAUUUUUCCUAUUUUUCCAGUGCCGACAAUUUCUCCUCCCUCCACCCAUCUUCCGUAAUUCGCCGCCAAACAAAUCUCAAAACUCGCGGACAAGAAGAAGACACCCAACUACAAUUUGUCGCCUAUCAAGAAUUGUGCCUAAUGGAUGGCAGUUUGGCACUUCGCCACGUCACAGUAAUCCCAGCGAUUACAGUACUCCUCUUCACUGGACCGAUUCGAUCGAAACAAUCGAUUAUUACUGAUUAUCAACUUGGUGAGUUUUAUUUUUUUUUCAAGGGGAAACUUCAAAAUUAAAAAAAAAAUGUUUCAGUAAAUGAAAAUGGACAAAAUGAUGAUUCUGUUGCACCAACAUCUUUUCUAUCUUUUGAAACUUAUGAAAUUGAACCAUGGUAUUCGAUUAGAUCAACUAGAAAGGUCAGUUUUAUUUUACAGUUUCACAAUAAUAAAAAAUAA